AUGUCGUGGGCCGGCUUCAAGAAGAACGUCAACCGGGCUGCCACCCAGGUCAUGGUCAAGACCGGCCAUGUCGAGCAGACCCACGACCGCAGCUACGAAGUCGAAGAACGCCGUUACAGAGUCAUGGAAAACGCCGCCACCCGUCUUCAGAAGGAAUCAAAGGGUUACCUGGACAGCUUGCGCGCAAUGACUGCCUCGCAGAUGCGCAUUGCAGAAACAAUCGAUGCUUUCUACGGUGAUGCCGGCGCCAAUGAUGGUGUCUCUCGCAGCUACAAGCAGGCUGUUGAAGAUUUGGAUGCAGAGACUAUCAAGGCUUUGGAUGGUCCUUUCCGUGCUACUGUCCUGGAUCCUAUCAACCGCUUCUGCGCAUACUUCCCCGACAUCAACGAGUGCAUAAAGAAGCGCAACCACAAACUCCUUGACUACGACCGCGUGCGCGCCCAAGUGAAACGCCUAACCGAAAAGCCCGACAAGGACGUAACCAAACUGCCCCGCACCGAAAAGGAAGCAGAGAUGCUCAAGGCCGCCUACGAACAACUCAACGAACAACUUUUCAACGACUUGCCUCAACUCAUCGAAUUGCGUGUUCCUUACUUGGAUCCUUCUUUCGAGGCUCUCGUCAAGAUCCAGUUGCGCUUCUGUGCUGAGGCUUAUUCAAGAAUGGCGCAAGUGCAGCAGUACUUGGAUCCUGAUACUAGAGAUCAGUACGCCAAUGGUAAUCUGGAUGCUAGGGUUGAGCAGGUCUUGCAGGAGAUUCGUGAGCUGAGCAUUGCUGGCACUGUUUAA